GUGCUGGAGGGGUUGGAGCCGGUGCGGCGGCGGCCAGGCAUGUACAUCGGCAGCACCGGGCCCCGUGGCCUGCACCACCUGGUGUACGAGGUGGUGGACAACGCCAUCGACGAGGCGCAGGCGGGCCAUGCGAGCACCGUGGCCGUGCUGCUGGGGUCGGACGGCUCCGUGUGCGUCACUGACAACGGCCGCGGGAUUCCAACAGAUAUCCAUCCAUCAACGGGCAAGUCCGCACUGGAGACCGUGCUCACAGUGCUGCAUGCGGGCGGCAAGUUCGGGGGCGACUCAAGCGGUUACCGCGUGUCGGGGGGGCUGCACGGCGUGGGAGUGUCGGUCGUCAACGCUCUCUCUCAGUGGCUGGAAGCACGCGUGUGGCGGGACGGGCGGCAGUACUCACAGCGGUUUGAGAGGGGCGUCCCCGUGGGGGGGAUGAGGGUGGAGGAGGAGGGGGGUGCAGGGGCACACGAGGGGGAGGCGCAGCGCACAGGCACUCAAAUACACUUCCUGCCAGACCCCACAGGUGCUGCAACCACUG